UCCCUGUGGGCCUGGGCUCUGAGGGCGUCAGCUCCCUGCCUACGUGGGUACUGCACCUCCAAGGCAGCCUGGGCUAUUUCCAGGACAGAAUGAGAACCUGAGAGCCACAGCGCUUGGCACAAGGCAGCCCCGCCUGCCUGCUGCGCAACCAGGUGCUGCCUCCAUUCCCACACUGCCAUCUGUGCCCACAACACUCCCGGAGUCUCCUGUCCCUGUACCCCCGAAAACCCGACGUCUCUUUACUAAAAACCAGGACCCGCACCCGCUGCCGCACUCACCCUCCCCGCGGGGACCCACGCUUCUCCGUCCUGGCGCUGGAAUGGGAGCCCGAAGUCUCCGUUUAGAAGUGAGUCAUGUCUGGAGCUGGUUGUUUCUCCAGGGCCGCUGGCCUCUCCUCUGCGGUUCCUAACGCGGGCUUCUCUCAGGUCUCAGCCACUCGCUGCCUCGUCCUGAGUCCCUUAAGGACCAAUGGCCGAGGAGGAUGCGGCGCCAGGCCUCUCGCUGCCUCCACCUGUCCCUGGAAAGCCUUCCCCUCCGGCCGCCCCCAGUCCCCGCGACGCGGGCAGUGGGUUCCAAGGCAAGGCGCUCCCUGUGGAUCCUAAAGCCCAGCGCACCCGCGUUCUAAGGAAGUAAUUGUGGGGCUGAGCAGGGUCUGUGGUGCCCAGCGCCUCGCGUCCAGUUGCGUUUCCGGGACGCCUGGGUCUCCGCGGUCGCGGCACAGGCAGGACGCGAUGGCCACGGCUCCCGGGAUCGCAGACUCUCCGCUAGCAGCGCGGGUGCGCGUGGGGCGGGGCCGUAGGCGGGGCCUGGAGUCUGGCUUCUCCCUGUCACCGGAGGCGGAGUCCCUGCAAGACCUGGCUGGCUCAGCGUGCCCUGGCGCUCUCGGCACUCUCCGGCUCCCCAGGGCGAACAUUGCUGCGCGUGUGCUCACAGGGAUCAUCGCACACCCUAGCGCGAGCAUCUUAUCACCGCGGGCCCUAGCGCCGGAGCCUGGAAGAGUCCCUGGCACCGGCGGCGCACGUCCCAGCGGUCCUCCUGACCAUGCCUGGGAAGAGGGUGCGCAAGAGAUCUCAGUCGAGUCCGAAGCGAGCGCCAGCAGAGCUGGAAGGUGGCUGUGGCGCUCAGCUUUCCGGAACGGGACUGCCGCUCCCCGUGUCUGCGGAGUUUUCAGCAGUGGCCUUGGCGGAGAAGUCUGGGAAGAAGGCACAGAAGAACGCCCAGCCGAGGCCGGCGCGCCCUCUGUCGGAGCUGGAAGUCGAAUGUGCCACUCAACUCAGGAUCAUCGGAGAUCAACUGGACUUGAGCAGGAAGUGCCGAAUCUGGUAGCUAAGCUCUUUAGCUUAGUCACUUGACAUUUUUUAGGCUAAUGUUUUGAGCAACCUCUUUUAAAAAAAAAAAAGAGCCAUUUCCCAAUCUUGUGUAAGUUUCCUCAUUUAAAGGAGACUUCAUUAUCACUGAGAAGACUGUGGAAGAUCAUUUGCAUGCUUUGGGAUGCCUUUGGAAAAGAGAUGGAGGGCUUGCUGCUGCUUGGAUGUUGGCAUCGCCUAGGAACACAGGUUCAAUUCCCGGCUGCUCAACCUCUGGUCCAGCUCUCUGCUAUGGCCUGGGAAAGCAGUGGAAGAUGUCUCAAAGUCCUUGUGCCCCUGUACUCGAGUGGGAGUCCAGAAGAAGCUCAAGGCUAUUGGCUUCAGAUCUGCCCAGCUCCAGGCCUGUUGGCCAUUUAGGGUGUGAACCCAGAGAUGCACCUCCUGGGACACCUGGAAGACUCUCCUGACUCGUGACUUCAGAUUGGCCCAGCUCUCCCAUGUCUGUGUCACUUUCCCUUGAAAUGAAUAAAUCAAUCCUUAAAAAAAAAAGAAAAGAAAAAGAGGUAGAAUGUGUUAUAAACGAGUUUUGGGUAGGCGUUUCUCAGAAGCCAUUUGGGGAUAUAAGAACUUAAACCACUUGUUGAAGAAUGGAGGAAACUUGAAAUGCAUUUCUUUGGCUUAGAAAAUUGUUCCAGUGGAUUCUGUCUGUUCAGCGUCCCUGUGUUUUUGCUGAAGGCUGCUGCCCAGCUGGUGUGAGAGCAGCUGAGAGGACUGACAGGGCAGGAGGGGUUCUGGUUGUGCUUUCUUUUGAGAACUCCAGCACAGCCUGUCGUACACUUGGUGUUCAUAUGUUGUCUUGAUACAAAGAAAAUUUUCAUUCUGGAAACACUGAACAUCACAGUGAAUGCUGACUUUCUAGGUCACUACAGAAGGUAAAAUAGUUUGAUAAUUCAUUUUGCAACUUAAGUCGAUUGGUUGCUGUCCUGAUGACCUUUCCCUUUAUGUGCUCCUGUGGGGAUUCGUAGAAAGUAUGGAGAACUGGAAAAGAACUUUGGAAAGAAUUGAAUACAAGUACACAAGAGUUACCUCUUGGCUGUAGAACUCUUACAGAUUGAAUAUUAAAUGAUAACGAGUACGGGAUAUUUUUAUAGCCAGGGUUAAGAGGAACAGGACUCAACCCUCAAUGAUUUAAUCAAGAUUUAGUUAAAAAACACAAGUACUCAGUUCUAACAAACUGUAAAAUGCAUUUCCUCACCUGGUCAGUGUCUGUGCUCUGAAAGCUCAUCUUUUAGGAGAAAUUAUGAAUGUUUUCAUAACUGAAUGCAUUGUUCUUCAAAAGGGAAAAGAUUGGGGCUGGUGUUGUGGUCCAGCAGGUUAAGCUAUGGCCUGCAAUGCCAGAAUCAUAUGGGUGCCGGUUCAAGUCCCAGUGGCUCCACUUCCAAUCUGUUUCCCUCCAGUGUGCCUGGGAAAGCCUCACAAGAUAGCCCAAACGCUUGGGCCCAUGCACCAUGUUGGAGACCAGAUGGAGUUCUAGGCUCCUGGCAUGGAUCUGACACAGCUCUAGCCCCUGGGGACAUUUGGGGAGAGAAAAACAGAUGGAAGAUUCUCUCUGUGUGUCUCUCUGUCUCCCCCAUCCCUUGUGUGUGCUUUAG